UUUAUCAGAGAAGGAAGCAGGGAGAACAGAUGGCUGCCGUCAGAUGCUGGCUUGUUGCUUGGUGACUUUCAUUAUCAUUUUGGUGUUGGGAGUCAUAGCCGCUGUGUUUUUUUACACUUAUCUUAUGAAAGAACUUCAUCAAGUGGAAAAGAAAAACAAUGAGUUGGAGGAAGAGAAGGAAACCCUGAACGAACAAAUAGAAAAGCUGAAGGAAAUUAACAAUGAGCUUAAUGUCAGCAGAGCUCAGUGGAGCAUUGAUGAAUACUGUCCCAAAGAAACAAAUGGCAGAAAGUGUGACCCUUGUCAGAAAGGAUGGCUUAAAUUCCAAACCAACUGCUAUGCAUAUAAUGAUGCAGUGGAAAAGGAUAGAAAAAACUGGACUGAAGCAAGAGAAAACUGUAGAGGAAUGGUUUCAGAUCUGACUGUUGUAGAAAAUGAUGUGGAAAAGGGUGAGAUAAACAACAACUUUAGUCCUGCUAUAAAGGGCAUUAAGGGAUACUGGAUUGGCCUGAGAGCUGUUCAAGGAAAAUGGAAAUGGAUCAACGGGGCUGAACUGAUCAAUACGGGCUGGAUAAAACACAAUGCAACUGAUGGUCAGUGUGUGACUGUUCUCCAAGGCAGAGGAUGGAGAUCAGUUAGCUGUGAUGAGAAGAACGCCUGGAUCUGUGAGAAGAAGGCUUUAACUGUUAAAUAGGACACAUUUAAAAUACUAAAAGGCAUUCAAAUGUAUAUAAACAUUAAAAUUUGAUUGCAAAUAAAAGUAAAAUAUU